CAGCGGGGCAGUCGGGCUGCGCGCUGGGCACCGUGCGGGCGUGCGGCAGCGAGGCACGGAGCUACCCGCGUCCCCGCCACGACGCGGCGCUGAGGCUGCGCGCCCGCCGCCGCCACACAAAGGCAGCCGGACCGGACCCAGGGCUCCCGCUGGCAGCGUCUCGGCUGGGCUCCUCCAUACUCAUGAACAUACAAAGGUCAACCCCUAUCACGAUAGCACGAUAUGGGAGACCGCGGAACAAAACCCAGGAUUUCGAGGAGCUCUCGUCCAUACGGUCCAUCGAGCCAAGCCAGAGUUUCAGCCCGAAUCUAGGCUCGCCCAGCCCGCCGGAGACCCCCAACUUGUCGCAUUGCGUUUCUUGCAUCGGGAAAUACUUAUUGUUGGAGCCUCUCGAGGGAGACCACGUUUUCCGAGCCGUACAUCUGCACAGCGGCGAGGAGCUGGUUUGCAAGGUGUUUGAUAUUGGCUGCUACCAGGAGUUACUAGCACCAUGUUUUUGUCUGCCUGCACAUAAAAAUAUCAACCAAAUUACUGAAAUAAUUCUUGGGGAGACAAAAGCCUAUGUGUUCUUUGAAAGGAGCUAUGGGGACAUGCAUUCGUUUGUUCGUACCUGCAAGAAGCUCAAGGAAGAGGAGGCAGCCAAACUCUUCUAUCAAAUAGCUUCAGCUGUUGCACACUGCCAUGAUGGUGGACUGGUACUGCGGGAUCUCAAGCUGCGGAAGUUUAUUUUCAAGGAUGAGGAAAGGACUAGAGUGAAACUGGAAAGCUUAGAAGAUGCUUAUAUUUUAAGAGGAAACGAUGACUCUCUUUCUGAUAAGCAUGGAUGCCCAGCCUAUGUGAGUCCAGAGAUCUUGAACACAAAUGGCAGCUACUCUGGCAAAGCAGCGGACGUGUGGAGUCUAGGUGUGAUGCUUUACACCAUGCUGGUUGGACGCUAUCCUUUCCAUGACAUUGAGCCUAGUUCCCUCUUCAGCAAGAUCCGUCGUGGGCAGUUUAACAUUCCAGAAACUCUCUCCCCCAAGGCAAAAUGCCUGAUCCGUAGCAUACUGCGUCGGGAGCCAUCGGAAAGGCUGACUUCCCAGGAAAUUCUGGACCAUCCGUGGUUUUCUACAGAUUUUAAUGUAUCGAAUUCAGGAUAUGGUGCUAAGGAAGUAUCAGAUCAGCUGGUGCCUGAUGUCAACAUGGAAGAAGACUUGGACCCAUUCUUUAACUGAGCACAAAGACUGGUGUUCAGAAGGUACACAACCUGGAGAUGGACACAUGAAGGAGCCCUUCCUGACCGUGUUAAAUCACACCCUGCAUCAGCCUAGCUUGGUAGCAAAAGACACUCAGAGGUCCUCUGGUUGAGAAGGAACCUCCACAAGGAGCUAAUCCAACAAAUGUAGCAUGGGGACAGACUGGGGGGGGCGGUGGGAGCUUGCUAUCAGGUUAGAUUGAUUGGGAGGAGAAAAAAGGCAGCAUGGAGCAAUUGUAGCUUCUCACCUUUUUGGAGCCAAGGAGACUGCACAUGCCAGUUCUGGUGCAGCUGUAUCACUCCUGUUUCUGUUCCAUUAAAAAUAGUGGUAACUCACAAGAGAUAGAAACUUUUUUGCCUCAGCUCACAUCUUGGCAUCGCACUGUUAGAGAUUUAACUUCAGCCAUUAUUCAGGGAAAGUACAAUUGGCUAACUCUCUUUUUUUAAUCGGAUGUCUAAUAAUCAGUGGGAUUAAUUUAAGAAAAAAAAAAUUAGGUGCACAAAGACGGACAUGAAAAGUGGGUGCUAAAACCAAAAUUUCGGUUCAUGUCUCUUGAUAGCUAUUUUCAACUCAUUUCUUCUAAAUAAACUACUUAAUAUUCUUGUCAGGAAAUGACAUUUUAAUGCUUUGUUCCCUUAAGGGGAAGUAACUGUCAUUUAACAAGCUGUUCUGUUUUGUGUCAAAUGGUUUGUUGCAGGAAGCUAUUACAACUCGAACUUCCAGAUGCAUUACUGCUAUAAUGGGGGGGGG